UGUGUAGUUCACUACCCAUGCCUCUUUCCACUCCUGUUCACACCCUCUCUCUCUCGGAUUCUCUCCCUCUCUAUUUGUUCCUGUCCUGUUCAGACGAAGCCUGCUGUGUUCCCUAGCUGGCUGUGCUGCUGUUAAGGGAGGAGUAGAGCUGUGUAGGAUUGAGUAGGACAGCGUAUGACCGCGUAGAACAGUCUAGGGCUGUGUGUAGGGCUCUGUUAGGGCAGUGUAGGGCACGAGGGCUGUGUUGGGCUGGCAGAGGCAGGGCUCUCCCAUGGCCUGCCCGCAGUGCCCGGCGCCUGGGUCCUACACCUCGGUUAUCAUCCCUCUCCGGAGCAGCCUCUAUAGCCUUGACGCCCUACGCUUCUACCUAUGGAUAAAGAGGCUGAAGGACUUGGAAAGGGAGAAGGACUCCCUGUGGGCCGGGCUGCAGGUUCUGGAGCAAGCCCGGCUCUGGUACCGACGCAUACUGGAGGACAACAGAGCCAGGCAGGCUAACGUGUGCACCAGGGCCGGGGCUAGGGCAAAUGAGUGGGGAGGAGAAGUGUGGGGAGGAGCGGGGGCGUCAUCGUGCCUCCUGAGGUCUCAGAUCCAGAGGGUGAAUGGAUCUCUGGGUAGUCUGAUGAGUAUGCCCAACGUAAUCAGCUGUCCCUCCUCUCCAAAGAGGAACGGGGUGGAAGUAUCAGACAGUGAGCUACGGUGGCAGAACACGGUGCUGGUACAGAUGUGGACCAAUAAUCUUGUUGUGGGUGAUCUUCAUCAAAUAGAGAGAAUGGCGGUGUCAUUGUCCCCCAGAGAGUGUUUAUCCUGUACCGAUACCGGCCCAGUGUCUCUGCUCAUUUGUUUGGCCCAGAGAAGUCAUGUUGCAGUUCUUUGUCUGUGUUUGGAAUUAAACAUAUCCCACCAAAGAUUUAUAGUUGUCCCGUGAAGAGAGCGAGAGAAGCAUGGUACCGGGAUGGACAUACCCAUGCACUGCACGUUUACCAAGGCACAUAUCAUGUGCUGUCAUUGGCCAAAGCUUUCAGAUUAUGACGACCGCCUGAAACUCACAUUUGAAAAGCACCUAUUGGACUGAGAGACGAGGCUUUGCUCAGUCAGCUUGGACAAGGAAAGUGGAAUGCUGCUGAAUUGUCACACCAACACAUCAAAUACAGUAUGUUGCACAAAAGGUGUACAUUUCUUUGGCCAAACGAUACUGAUCAAAUCUGCUUUGCAUUGGAUUGCGUUCAUAAAUGCAACCACAUCCAAACCUUUUGUAACGACAAGAAAAAACAUUAAUUGCAAGUCUCUGAGCAACCAAGGAAUGUGUUUGACUGUGAUUAAAAUCUCUGUGGGAAAAAGAAAACAUCCGUUACGGAACGUGCUUUCGAAUGAGUAGCUCCUGUUCCCUCUCGACAGGCUGCCACUGAACCAGCAAGGCCCUGGGUACCAGCACUCUGCUAAUUAUUGGUUCUAAUUCACACCGCAGAGCCAAACAACCUUUUAUUGAGGAUGUCACGCUUCUAUGACACUGACAAUCAUUCUUCCUUGCCAGCAUGGUUCAUUGACUAUCAACUCUGCUGGUCUCCCACUUAAUCUAUCCUGUACCUGUUGGGAUUUGUUUUCUUAUUCUGUGGUUUUCCUAGAGAUGUAUUGAUUUUAAUCUAUGGCUUUCCUCUUAAGGAGAAUUAGGAUAUACGUGCACCUACUUCCCUGCAGGUCUGUAGAGGUAUGAAAUGUAAACAGAGACAUAGGUGGAUCGCUUUCUCUCAGGUGCUGAGGGUUUUUAAUGCAUUCCACAGACUAUUAGGAUGGAGAACUUCCUACACACCCUCAGAUGGCACCCUCAGAUGGUCGCUAGCUUUGAACUUCUCAGGAAGUCCAAAUAUACUUCACAGGGGGUCAAAAUUAAUUUAUAUCAUCUCCAAGAUGUGUUUAUCUCCAAGAUGUAUUACAAUAAAACAGUAGUGUUGUGUUUGCAUCAA